AUGAAAUUACAAGGUGUACUAAUUGAUAAAAAUGACAAAUGCUUUUCAUUAUGUGGUUGCGUUGUUCCAGACGAUAAACAACAAUCAACAACACUCCUAUCGACCAAUUUUGAUGUGAUAGAUGGUGAAACCAACCAUAAUUUUAAAAUUGAUGAUGUAGUCAUGAAAUUAGAAAUUGAUCCGAAAACAACGCAUCAUAAAAUGAUCUUAGAGCAUCCAUCACUCAAAUUUAUCACCAAAAGAUGGUAUCAUGGAUACAGGGCAGAUAUAGAAAUUAGUGGACAUAUAAAUCCACAAAUGGUUGGUUAUGGCUGCAGUCUUUUUGUUGGUGAUAUGACAAUUAGUACAAUAAGUACACACCAUUUUGUACCAUUAAAACGACGUUUAAGCUUAGUGGACGAUAACAUCAUAGAAUCGUCCAAUGAUUUUCUAGCCUAA